UUUAAUUUUCUUAAAAAAUUAAUCAAUCUGUAGAAUUUUCGGAAGAAAAAGUUGUUAUUUUAUCAAUCAAUUAAUAUUGUAUUUUAUUAAUCAAUUAAUUAAUUAAUUAGUUAAGCAUUUAACUGGCGGAUAUGGAAUUUGAAAGUUUGCCAGAGCAAGUUAGGAAGAGGGUAAAAGUUUUUGAUGAUGGUGCCACCAUUAAAAUUCCUCUUCCUCUCAUUGGCUUCCAAAAUAUGUUUGAUCCUGGACCUGGUGGGGUAUACUUGCUGGCAAACUAUUUCACAUUGGCAACCUUCAUAUCUACCAAAACUCCAAGUUUUAUGCAGAAAUACCUGGCAAACACAGGAACAUACGAUGUGUAUGCAGUUCAGACAAUCCUGAUCAUCAAACCACACUUCUACACAGUUAUCAGACCAUAUGAAUGUUGGGAGGAGUUAGAAUCUCAUAUUGAUCUCGUUUCAUUUUACAGAUCUACCAUUGUCACCAGUCAGACAAUCAGAGUGAAGAAGACCCAGCAGAUCGUAUCCCAGGUGCUUGCCAAGUUGAUAACAAUCGACUCCACGACAAAGAAAUCUCACCACAUUCCAGAGAUGUUUUGUGAAAGAUUCUCAAAAUAUCACAAAAAACCUCACCCCACCUUCAAAGACAUCAAAAAUUUCAUAGAAAUCAACAGAAACAUGAGCAAGGAAGCGUUAAAAUCACUCUUCCUCGAAUCAGACAGCUUUAGGGAGGUCUUCAAAGUCGAUCUGACAGCCAGUGAGACAGACCAAGACUGGAACUAUCAUCUCUCAAACAGUGUCUACAUUAGAAUCUGUGGCGACACAUUGAAACAAGCAAUCAGCAAAAAUAAAACCUUCAACAGGACAUUUGGACUGCACAAAGAUAGCAUGAAGAUACCAAGAGUCAACAAUUCAUACCUGAAGGAAUGCAAAGCCGGGGAUGAAUUGAGAAUUCUUUGCAUACUGCACAUCUCUAAUCCCCAGAAAGUUGAAUUUAGAAUUUUCAAGAUGGCCAAUGUCAAGGAAGAUGUUAGGAUAGUGUAUGUUGGCGAAAUGCAGAUUGAUAUUCAUACAUCGAAAUUGUAA